CGUGAUUGCAGCGGGGCGGUGCAACUGUGUGGAUAUAAGCAGUCAGGACUGGCAGACUCCCAACACCUAAAAUGAGCUCUUCUAACAUGAAAACAAUUACUGUAAUCGGCAGUGGGCUGAUUGGCCGCUCCUGGGCCAUGGUGUUUAUCAGUGGAGGCUACAGUGUGAGAAUCUAUGACAACCAAUCAGGACAAGCUGCCAACGCCAUCACAGAAAUCAAGAAGCAGCUGGGAGAACUGGAGGAAGCCCACAUGCUGAGAGGAGAGCUGACCGCCACGCAGCAGCUCGCCCUGCUCAGCAGCUACGAUGACCUGGCUCAGGCACUGGAGGGAGCCUUCUUUGUCCAGGAGUGUGUAUUUGAGAAGCUUGAGGUGAAGCAGAGCGUCUUCCAAGACAUAGAGCGUCUAGUGGGGAAAGACGUCAUCCUGAGCAGCUCCACCUCCUGUCUGGUGCCAAGCGACGUCUUCUCUAAAGUCCAGAACAGGAGUCGCUGCAUCGUCUCCCAUCCGGUAAACCCUCCCUACUAUGUCAAACUUGUCGAGCUGGUACCUCACCCAGAGACAGCAGGUCCUGUUAUGGACAGCACCCAUACUCUGAUGACAAAGGUUGGGCAGGCACCUGUCUGUCUGAAGAAAGAGAUCGAUGGCUUCGCCCUCAACAGAGUGCAGGCAGCUAUCAUCGCAGAGUCCUGGAGGCUGGUCCAGGAUGGCAUUAUCUCAGUCAAAGACAUCGACCUGGUGAUGUCAGAGGGACUAGGAAUGCGUUACGCCUUCAUUGGUCCAAUGGAAACAAUGCACCUAAAUGCGCCUGAAGGUUUAGAGGACUAUAUGCAGCGGUACGGAGUAGGCAUACAGAGGGUCCUGAACUCCUUCGGACCUGUACCAGACUUCUUUGGCAAGGAAGCGAAAGGCAUCAUUAAUGAGAUGAGUGAGCUGAUUCCCAGUGACCAGCAGCAUCUGACGGAGAGGAAGGAGAGGAGGGAUAGGCUUCUCAUGAGUCUAGCCAAGCUGAAGAAGGAUAACUAAGAUCAACAUGCAGGGCACAAAAUCAUGAACACUUCUAAUUACAGCUGUUGAUUUCACAUAUAACCUCCAUCAGAGGGAUUUUACCUGUUUGUCUGUUUUCAUGCCAAGUGGAGAAAUAUGAUUUGAUCUUAAGUAAAAUACAUUAAAUAUAAGGCACACCAGCACAGGGUGUUUUGAUAGUGCUAGUGGAGGUUUAUUCUCUGAUGUGCCUUUUUAUAGAUUCUUUUGGGGCAUUUUUACCCACAUUUCAGGAGAGCUAUGGACCUCUACCCGUUAAGUACCAGGGAUUCCAUUAUAAACAUCUGCAGUAUAUUUUAUCUACAACAUGACCUCAAUUCUCCGAUGUGGUAAUUAAAAUGUUAAUUCUGUGAAAAAUGUGAAAUAAAAAAAAAGUGAAAUGAAUUUUGAUGAAAGCAACAUAAUCAUACAUUGAAACCAUGCAUUUUAAAAAAUAAAUAAAAACUUAUAAAGUCAAAUGUCA